CGUGGGUCGGUGAGGACGCAAAAGCAAGGUGGGAACCGAGUCGGAAGGUUUAUUGCGAUGGCGAAGUCGUAUCUGAUGCUCUUUCUCUUGAUUUGUGCGACGACGACGCAUUGGGUUCUGACAGCAGAAGCAGGAGCGGGGAUGGAAAUGACGUGGAUGCCCUCCAUGGAAGAAGAGUUCGGUCUGGACAGCGAGGUGAACCGGCGCAUGUUAGACACCACCAAGUACUUGAGCUACGAUGCCAUGAAGAGGGACAGUGUGCCGUGCUCUCUCCGCGGAGCCUCCUACUAUCAGUGCCAGCCUGGCGCAGAGGCCAACCCUUACGAUCGUGGCUGCACCGCCAUUACCAGGUGCAGGAGAUGAUUCUUUUUUUCUUUUUUUCUUUUUUUUAAUCCUUUUUUUUUCUGAUUUUGAAUUUCGUAUUGGGGUUUCCUUCUACACAUGAAAAUUCCAUGGAUCUGCUGUAUUGUCCCGUAUUCCAUAAAAUAAUCGAGCCCUAUGAUUAAAUCUCAA